AUAGGUGUGUGGUUGUGGUGUGGAUUCCCAGAAAAUUGCCAUUCCGACUCUUUGAAAGUCACACUUGUAGGAAUUUUACAUAAUUUAAGAAGCAGCCGUCUAUUAAAAUAAGCAAUUAUUGGGUGGUUCUGUCCAGCAUCACUUUCUCCAGCGGUUCAUCUGCAGCGCCUUCAUUCAUUCGAGAGAAAGACGAUCCGGGAGCAGAAGUGGGUGCAAGGAAAAUCCAAAAGCCCGAAUUUUCCCUGUCCCGUGAUCCCGUGUUCUGUUCUAAGCACAAUUGUACAACAAGACGGGUUGGUCCUAACUGUCCUAAGGUGGCCAUCUCUUAAAGUUUUGCUUUAAUUGUCCUUCCCCCGGUUUUUCUUGUCCUGCUGACUGUCGUAGGAAAAUAAAGGAAUCGAAGUUUCAGGAUGUACAGGUUUAUUGUAAAUUCGUCGUCUGCGGCGGCCAAUACCUUGCUGAAGACGGGGUCGCCGAAGAGAUCGUUACUGGCUGUGACGCACCGUUUGACUUCAACAACCGCUCCCACUGCUGGGAAUUCUCUGGGCACCACCAAGGACCAGCAACAAAAGACAUUUUCCACUGCUGCCGCAGAACCAUUCCUUAAUGGGAAUAGUUCGGCUUAUGUUGAGGAAAUGUACAAUGCCUGGCUACAAAACCCAUCGUCUGUUCAUGCCAGCUGGGAUAGUUUUUUCCGACAAACGCAAGGCGGAGCACAGCCAGGUGAAGCAUACAUUCGACCUCCUUCAGGUCUUGCCCCACCUGAACAUAACACUCUUCCUUUAUCUGCCUUUGGUGGUGGAACAGGUUUAGUUCCAGUUCCUAUGGGGGGAGGAGUUCGGAGCUCAACACCCAUUUCCGAAAAAAUAAUUGAUGAUCAUUUGGCUGUUCAGGCCAUUAUUCGGAGCUACCAGAGUCGAGGCCAUCAUAUUGCCAAACUAGAUCCUUUGCAAAUCGUGUAUGCUGACCUGCACUCCAAGUCUGAACUUCAUAAUCCAAAGGAAAUCGUCGUCAGAAAUUACAUGCAUGGCUACGAGGAGAAGGAUAUGGACCGAGUUUUCAAACUCCCAGCCACCACCUUCAUUGGAGGCAAGGAGACAUCUUUAAAGCUUCGUGAUAUUCUGAAGCGAUUGGAAGACGCCUACUGUCGAAGCAUUGGGGUGGAGUUUAUGUACAUUAACAGUUUGGAUCAGUGCAACUGGAUUCGAAAGAAAAUGGAACCUCCAGGUGUGAUGGAGUUUGACAACGAAACAAAGCGGCUCAUCCUGGCCCGAGUAACUCGAGCGUGGGGACUAGAAGCUUUCCUGGCAAAGAAAUGGUCUAGCGAGAAACGAUUUGGUCUCGAAGGUUGUGAGAUGCUAAUUCCAGCAAUGAAGCAAAUUAUUGAUAGAUCCACAGAAUUUGGGGUGGAGUCCGUCAUCAUGGGAAUGCCGCAUAGAGGACGCUUGAACGUGCUAGCCAACGUGUGUCGAAAACCACUGGAACAGAUAUUUUCUCAAUUUGCUGCUCUGGAAGCUGCUGAUGAGGGAACGGGAGAUGUGAAAUACCACUUGGGAACUUAUAUCGAACGAUUGAAUCGUGUAACGAACAAGAAUAUUCGUCUAGCUGUCGUCGCCAAUCCUAGUCAUCUUGAGGCUGUUGACCCAAUUGUUCAGGGUAAAACGAGAGCUGAACAGUUUUACAGGGGAGACAACGAAGGAAAGAAGGUCAUGUCUAUUCUCCUUCAUGGUGACGCAGCCUUUUGCGGUCAAGGAGUUGUCUUUGAAACCUUCCACUUGUCUGAUCUUCCUGACUACACAACUCAUGGAACGGUUCAUAUUGUCGUGAACAACCAAAUCGGCUUCACCACAGAUCCCCGUCACUCAAGAUCCAGUCCAUACUGCACAGAUGUGGCAAGAGUGGUUAAUGCUCCAAUCUUCCAUGUAAAUGCUGAUGAUCCAGAAGCCGUCAUGCAUGUGUGCAAUGUUGCAGCAGAGUGGAGAAAUACUUUCCAUAAGGACGUUGUUGUUGAUUUGGUUUGCUAUCGCAAAAAUGGACACAAUGAAAUCGACGAGCCAAUGUUCACCCAGCCACUUAUGUACAGGCAAAUCAAGAGCACAAAGAACGUAUUGGAGAAAUAUUCACACAAAUUAAAGAAUGAAGGUGUUGUUACUGAAGAAGAAAUCAAGGAUGUUAAAGAAAAGUAUGAGCGAAUUUUGGAGGAAGCUCACCUUGGUGCCCAGCAAGUCACGACAAUCAAGUACAAAGAUUGGUUAGAUUCCCCAUGGUCCGGAUUUUUCGAGGGAAAGGAUCCCAUGAAGGUUUCUCCAACUGGGGUUCAUGAAGAGACCCUUACCCACAUUGGGAAGCGAUUCAGUUCUCCACCACCUAAUGCGUCAGGCUUUGUCAUCCACAAAGGAUUAGAACGUAUUUUGAAAUCUCGAAUGGAGAUGGUGGAAAAUCGACAGGUCGACUGGGCGUUGGCAGAAGCUAUGGCUUUUGGCAGUUUGUUGAAGGAGGGAAUUCAUGUCAGGUUGAGUGGACAGGACGUUGAGCGUGGAACUUUCAGCCAUCGUCAUCACGUUCUGCAUCAUCAAAAUGUAGACAAGGCUACAUACCGACCAUUGUGUAAUUUGUAUCCCGACCAAGCCCCGUAUAUCGUUUGCAACUCGAGUUUGUCAGAGUUUGGAGUUUUAGGUUUCGAGCUUGGUUAUUCAAUGACCAAUCCAAAUGCUUUGGUUUGUUGGGAAGCUCAAUUUGGAGACUUCAAUAACACUGCGCAGUGCAUCAUUGAUCAAUUUAUUUCGUCCGGACAAUCCAAAUGGGUGCGACAAACUGGGCUGGUUCUACUUUUACCUCAUGGCCUCGAGGGAAUGGGACCUGAACAUUCUUCCGCAAGACCAGAACGAUUCUUACAAAUGUGUUCGGACGAUCCUGAUGUUAUUCCAACGCCUAGUGAUGACGUAGCCAUUCGUCAACUGCACGACAUUAACUGGAUUGUCGCCAACUGCACAACGCCAGGAAACUACUUUCAUAUUUUGAGACGCCAGAUUGCAUUGCCAUUUAGGAAACCUUUGAUCAUAAUGACGCCCAAGUCUCUUCUCAGACAUCCGGAGGCACGAUCAAGCUUUGACGAAAUGUUUUCUAGCACCGCUUUCCAACGAAUUAUUCCGGAUCCUUUGGGACAACGUGAUUGCAAAAAAGUUGUCUUCUCCACCGGAAAGGUCUACUAUGACUUGAAGAAAGCCCGUAAUGAACGCGGACUUGAUAACGAUGUUGCCCUUGUUAGGAUUGAACAAGUCUCUCCCUUCCCAUACGACCUGUUACUUGAAGUCGGCAAGCAACACCCAAAUGCAAAAUUCGUCUUUUCUCAGGAAGAGCACAAGAAUCAAGGAUGCUGGACAUAUAUUGAGCCCAGGUUUAGAACUUUGUUCCCAGACAGGCCACUCACUUAUGCUGGUCGAGUUGUGGCUGCAUCUCCUGCCACUGGAAGCAAACAUCAACAUUACAAAGAGCAGGCUCAACUUUAUGACGACACAUUUAAAUAGAGUUACUCUAAUGCAAAAUCUCUGUAUAAAAUAGUAGCACUUUUCGUUGCUAAAACUUUGCUUCAAUAACUUCGCAAUAUCACGAACACUGACUAAAUUUACUGAUUGACUAGACAUACUACGAAAUCAACCGUAUUUUAACAUUGUUUUAAAAUUGAUGUGAAUUCGGCUUUAUAGCGUUGAAUUAAAAUAUGUGAUCUUCAGAAAGUCAACAGUAGAAACUCUAGUGUGUAAGGUAGGAUCCUUAAUUAGUUAAUUAUAAUUAUAUGCGUAAUGUGUCACUCCCUCUUACUUGGAUGAGAACUAGAAGGGGACAGACAGUGUCGACGAACCAGACUUAUUACCACUAGCUCUUACAAUAGUUUAUUUACAUGAUAUUCUAUGUAUUACCCAAUAAGUAUUACUCUCUAGUUGUUGUUGAAACUUGGUUGAACCAAAUCUCAGAUUACUUUAUCUAUUUGUUGGGUGAAUAGUAUACCAACGUAGUUCUGGUAGGAGUCGAGUGGCAUAGUCCUAUAAUACUUAUUGAUUGGUUAAUGAAAAUCUAUAAUUUCUUUGUAGUUCUAAACACGUAAGUGUCUAAAAUAGACGUCGACACGGAGAUACACUGAAUUGAAAUAAAGCACAAAAUGUACACGA